ACACCAGGAAGAGAAUCCUUUACACGAGAAAGGAAAUCCUCUACACAAUGAAGAGAAGACUUCAAGUGAUGUGGAGAAGACUUUAUAUGACAUGGAGAGAGCUUUAUGUGACAUAAAAAAUAGUGCUGAAGAGAGCAGUUCAAGUGAUGAUAACAGUUCAGGUGAUGAGGUAGAAGAACAAAGACUGGAUUCAAACCUCCCAAGUGGUUCAGAUACUCUUCCAUCUAAUGCAGAAAUCCCCUGCGAUAGUGAAUCUGAGCCGUCCCCCCAAAAAGCCGCACAAGCUAAAAAACCUCGCCUCAAGAAGUUUGCGCCACGGAAAGGCACAAGGUCAAGCCUACGUUCCAGCACAAAAUUGACAGUCAGUGCAUGUGAUACGACAGAUGGUAAAAGAAAAUUGGACAAAAAGCACUUCUGCCUGUAUUGCAAUGAACCACACCACAACAUUGCAAGACAUUUAGAAAGGAUGCACGCAGAAGAAGCAGCUGUUGCUCAUGCUAUCAGCUUCCCAGAACUCUCCAAAAUCAGGUCUCUCUUGUUUGACCAACUCCGUAACAAAGGCAACUAUCAACACAACUUUGAAGUUCUUCAAAGUGGAGAUGGGGAAAUUGUGAGAAAGUGUAGACCAUCUUACGAUGGUGUUUCUGUGCGUGACUGUCUGCCCUGCCAACACUGCUUAGCUUUUUUCAACAAAAUUGAUUUAUGGAAGCAUGAGAGCUCAUGUAAUGCUAGAAAAGGACAAGAUGAAACGAGGGGAGGAAAAAGAGUGAGGAUCCAGGCUGCGUCCUCUCAACUUGUUCCAUUUCCUGUCUAUUCUACUGGAGGAUGUGAAGAAAUAAUACACAAUAUGAAUCAAGAUGACAUCUCAUGCCACAUCAAAAAUGAUCCCCUGAUAUGUAAAUAUGGCAAUGCACUAUCUGCAAAGCAUGGUCAUGCCAAGUCGCAGUUUACUUACAUUGGUUCAAAAAUGAGGGAAUUGGCUAGAUUUGUACUUGCUGUAAAUGAGAUGGACUGUGGUGUUCAAUAUCUGCAUGAAGUAUGUGUACCAUCCAAAUUCAAGUUGGCCGUUCAUGCUGCCAGGAAAAUGAGUGGUCAUGACCCUGCCUCCGACAGGUACAAGACCCCAUCUCUUGCUUUAAAGAUUGGCUAUUCCUUGAAAAGAGCUACUGAAAUAGCUUUUGGGGAGAGUCGUAUGACAGAGGACCGUGAGGCAGAGGAACAAGCCAAAAGGUUCAUUGAACUACUUGAAAACGAUUGGAAUAACUGUUUUUCCGGUCUAUCCCUCAGCGCUGUCCCUCAGUGUGAUGAAGUUGAUGUGUCUUCACUAACUGAGGAUUUGAUCAAACUUCAGAAGUUUCUCAAGGUUGCAGAGGACACAGCGAAGAAAGAAUUGCUGGAGAACCCCACCAACACUGUCUGGAAAAAGCUCAAUGAAACUCUUCUUGCAGAAAUAGCUCUCUUCAACAGAAAAAGGACAGGGGAAGUUGCGAAAAUGCUGUUGGAAACGUACACAAACAGGAAGAAAGCUCCAGCUAGUGCAGACAUUUUCAAUAACCUCUCAAGGCUGGAGCAGGAGCUUGGUGACGACAAAUUAACCAGGUUGGAAAUAGAAGGCAAAAAUGGUAGGAAAAUGCCAGUCCUACUAACGGAGAGGAUGAUCUCAUCUCUUGAGAUCCUUAUUGCAAACAGAGACAAAGUUGGUGUGUCAAAGGACAACCCUUAUGUCUUUGCACGUAGCCUGGAUGCAGCAAGCUACAUCAGAGGGUUUGACUGUCUGAGGAAGUGUGCACAUGAGUGUGAUGCAAAGAAUCCUGAAAGUCUGAUCCAUGCGUCAGUGAGGAAAGAGGUUGCUAUUCAUUGCCAAAUACUAAACUUGAAUGAAAGUGAAUUGGAUCAGGUGGCAAAGUUAUUGGGACAUGACACCCAGGUCCAUAAAGAGUACUACAGGCUCUCUGAAAACGCAGCACAUCUAGCACAAAUCAGCAAAUUGCUGCUUGCAAUGGAUCAGGUUCCAGUGGUAAUUCCAGGGCCAUCUGAGGAAAGGGUUGUUUCUCCUACAUAUGGUACAUCUUCUGCAGGGACAUAUCCAGCGGGGACAGAUAAUGGAAGGACAUAUCCUACCGAGACAUGUCCUACUGGGUCAUCAUAUCCUACAGAGACGUAUUCAGCUAAGUCAUAUACUGUGGAGGCACAGCCUUCAAGGUCAUAUCAUGCUGGGACAUAUCCUGAGAAGUCAUAUCCUUCAGAAUCACAUUCUGCGAGGUCAUAUUCUGCGGGGACAGAUUCUGCGAGAGCAUAUCCUACCGUGACACAUCCUGCAGGGACCUAUCCAGCAGGUUCAUAUGUUGCAGGGACAUAUACUGCAGGGACUCAUCAUGCAAGAUCAUAUCCUGCAAGUCCUUAUGGCCUUUCAUCUCCUGCAACAUCAUAUGCUUUGGGGACUAAUCCUGAAAGGUCAUAUCCUGCAGGAACAUAUCCUGCACAGACACUUCCUGCACAAACACUUCCAGCGCAUACAGUUAUUACACCAACACUUCAUGCACAGACACUUACAAUCCAGAAACUUGCUGUCAGGACAGUUCCUGCGAGGACAAGUCCUGUGAGGCCGUGGAGUGAUGCGGCUAAGGCUGCGGUGAAGCGUCAGUUGGGACACUUUUUCUCAAUGAUGAAGGUUCCAGGUAAACGGGACUGUGAAGUAUGCCUCCACAAUGAACCAGCUGUACGAGACAGGACUUGGAGAGACAUCAAAAACUAUGUGCACAACACAGUAAAAUCUAUUAAAAGGAAAAAGGGUCUUACAAGAGUGGACCCCAGAAAAUGGACAAAGAAAGAAUCGGCAAAGAUUGCUAAGGAAGAGGUUGGUGGAACAAGGACUGUACCUGCACAGGGUCAAGAGGAGAGAGUAGAGGCAGGUCCUGUUGCUGUGGCAACACAAAGGAAGCAUAAGAUAUGGAGUGAUGAGGCUCAGGCUGCGGUCAGGCGGCAGCUAGGAGACUUCACUAAACUGAUGAAGAUUCCAGGUAAAACGGAAUGUGACGCAUGUAUUGCAGCUGAACCAGUUCUACAAGGCAGGACAUGGAAAGAUGUAAAAAACUAUGUGCAUAACACAUUAAUGACAAUGUGCAGGAGGCAUAUUUCAGGCAAACAAAACAUGGACCAUGAAAAACAAAGUCCAGGGACACAGAAACCAGGGUUGCAACAGAAACCAAAGGUACCGUUGGGACUUCCAGAAGAUCUUCCUGUUUAUCUGUACUUAUGAUUUCUUUGAACUAGUUUCAACGCUUUUGAUUUAAUCUGACGAUCUUUGCUCACUCUGAUCUGACAUUGUAAAGCAAUAAUUAUGUCGCAUUUUUAUAAUGUCACGACCUACUUCAUUCUACCUACGUAUCCGUUAGGCCUGGGAAUUGCUAUGGACCUAACAAUACGAUUUUAUCACAAUACUUGUGCCAAUACUAUAUAUAUACACGUGUAUAUAUAUUGCGAUUCGUGUAUAUAUAUUUGUGUAUAUAUAUUGCGAUUCGAUACUUUGAUUUUAUUGCGAUUUAAUAUUUCAAACAUAUUGCUCACCGUGUAUGCUGCAGAGGGACAGGAGAGAAACAUGAGAAAACGAGUUUUGUUCAGUCAUGGAAGUAAGUGCUGAAAACAUGUUGGCUCCCCAUCUAAAAAGAAGUUGAGAACAAGGUAGAGAAUAAAUACUGGACCUUUUGGCACAGGUACAGCCAACUAGCGCUAGCUAACGUUAACUUCCUAGCAAAAUAAUAUGAGAAUCGAUACUUGGAGUCAUAGAAAUGAUAAAAUAUAAUUGAAAAUAAUAUUGCGUUACUCUAUUGUAUUGAGAGAAACAAAUCCACUAGUAGGCCUAUCUGUAGCAUCUAGGCUACAUAGUGAAAUAUUAUGCAUGAGCACUAAAUAUAUGUUCAACAUUAAUAGAUUACAUGUACCAAUUACAGUGAAUAGUUUUUUGAACUUUGUAGAUGAAAGUUGUGCAAACCUAGACCGUUAAACUGAUAACUUUACCUUUUAGAUCACACUAAUGGUAUACUUCACCAAAUGGAUCUGGAUCCAGAUGUACAAAAUGUUUUAUGUAUUCUUGCCUGUACCAUUGUAUGUGUAGCUAAUGUAUAUGUGUAGGUUAGGUUUUGAGUUUAACAACUGACCAGCAAACUUGUGAAUUUAGCAGGUUAUUCCAUUUGAAAUGUGUGACUUUUAAUGGAUUAUAAAUACAUGGCAUCACAGGUAGUUGGUGGCACCUUAAUUGGGGAGGUCGGGCUCGUCGUAAUGGCUGAAGCGGAAUCAGUGAAAUGGUAUCAAAUACAUCAAACAUAUGGUUUCCAUGUGUUGGCCAUUCCAUUCACUCCGUUCCGACUAUUAUGAGCCGUCCUCCCCUCAGCAGCCUCCACUGCAUGGCCAACAUGCAUACACUAUCUACAUCCAUGCAUUUUGAAGCAUGGUUGGAUUUAUUAUCAUGGAUAUUUUACUUAUGUUAUUAACGAUAGCUAGAUAGCUAGUAUUCCUAGCUACUGGUGUAUCAGUAGUUGUUUUUAUAUAUAUUUUUAAAACACUGUUUUUAUCAUUCCUUUCAAUCAUGCUAGUUUUUGUGGAUAUUUGCAUCUAGAGCUGACAUUCAUUUUCAUUACUAAGCCAGAUUCCCACAGCUCCAUGACCCAGUGAGCCAUCUCAGUCCUGGUGAGUUGCUUUAGUCAAAAGGUGCUGUUGAUUAGGCUUGCCAAGUGGGCAGAGUGUGUGCUUUAGGACCAUUGAAAGGUUCUGAAAGGGAAAAAUCUGUCUACCUAUUGCACCGGGCAAAGUCAGUGACACUUUCAGAUCAUAGCAUCAUACCCUUCUCCCAAAGUGACUGGGAGUAUUUAAAAAAAAAUAUAUUUCACCUUUAUUUAACCAGGUAGGCCAGUUGAGAUAAAGAUAGAGCUAUAGAUAAGAUAAAGCAAGGCAGUGUGACAAAAACAACAGAGUUGCACAUGGGAUAAACAAACGUACAGUCAAUAA